CUUUGCCGCCUCUUUGCUGCUCGACAAGGCCUCCUUUCGACUCUCCGACUACGACUUGCGCGAUUGCGACGACGAAGUUUCUGCUCUCAACAUUUCCAGACUCCAGACGAGGAACAAAUCCCAAAAUAUCGCCAACUUCAACCUCUCGCCCAACAUGAAGCUUCACUACAUCGGCAUUAUCCGCAACGACUCCCAGCCCGCUCACGAGAUCGUCGCAGAGAAGGAGCUGAGCGCCUACUCGCGCUUCACACGCAGCAACUAUGGCGAGUUCAUGUCCCUUUUCGCAAAGACCGUCGCCGAGCGCACUCGACCCGCCCAACGACAAGACGUUGAAGAGCAAGACUACACCUUCCACGCCUACGGCCGCACCGAGGGCAUCUGCGGCAUCAUCAUCUCCGACCACCAAUACCCCGCCCUGGUCGCCCACCAGCUCCUCAGCAAGGUCGUCGACGAGUUCCUCUCCAAGCACCCGCGCUCCUCAUGGGCCCAGGGCGACGUCACCCUGCCCUUCCCCGAGCUGACGGACUACCUCGCCAAGUACCAGGACCCCCAGCAGGCCGACAGCAUCAUGAAGAUCCAAAAGGAGCUAGACGAGACCAAGAUUGUGCUGCACAAGACGAUUGAGAGCGUGCUGCAGCGAGGAGAGAAGAUUGACGAUUUGGUGGCCAAGAGUGAUGGGCUGAGCGCUCAGAGCAAAAUGUUUUACCAGCAAGCAAAGAAGCAAAACUCUUGCUGCGUGUUGAUGUAAUUGAGGGGGCGUUUUAUUUGGCGUUGCAAUGGGGUCGUAAUUUUCAGCAACAAAUGGGCUGUCUUGUUUUCAAAGAUUGGUUAUUAUGAAAGACACACACUCGCACACACAUAUAUACUAAUACGGAACUCAUGGGAGGAAAGACGAUCAAACCAACGAAUUUCUCUCUUGAUUUUAUUAUACACAUAUUUUCACACACUCAGACAAAACACACAUGUUUCAAAAAAAGAGAAAAGGAUAUCAAUGAUGUAUUUUCAUGAAAUUCUGCCAUAGACUGUCCGAUACAAUCGUUACAAGCCCAUGUUUCGCUUUAUAAAUUUUUAUUUAUCCGCCAUCAAAGCUAGCCCCCGGGGCCAUGCAACUAAUGAUAAUAGAUGAAGAAGGGAGUCAAAAGAAAAUUCGGGGUUGCCUGGUAUGAUUGAAAAGUAAAGAUGACACAUGGAAAGGAAAUAGAUGAGGACAUGUGAGCAGAAUAAAUACACGCCCGGUGGAUCGUAAAAGGAAGAGUAAGAAGAAGAAGAAGAAGGAGGAGAAAAAAAGGUAAAAAAGAAUAGACAAGAAUAGAUCAGUCAGAAACGUAAAAGGUCGUUCCGUCAUGCACCCUCGAGCACCACGCGCGAGCUCUUCCGAUAGCCGCUCUGCCCCAAAUUGCCCUCUUCUUCUGGAUGCAC